AUUCACGAUAACUUGUCAAAUACAAACAUAAGUAAGUAAUCUAUUUUAAAUUGUACCUUUAUAGUCUAAAUAAGUAUCUAGUGCUCAGAUAAAGUAUAUUAAGCUUUAAAUAAUGGCUACAAAAGAAUACGCAACUAAUUUAAACAGAAACUGUUUUGGUCUUAAGCCCGAAGACUAUAUUUACGAGGACGAUUUGUGUUACGUGUUCGAUGAAUUAUACAAUCCGCAAGCCCCAGUCCACUACGUGGUGGCGCCAAAAAAGCGUAUUCCGAGACUAUGCAGCGCUACAGAUGAAGACGAGAAAAUUCUUGGCCAUCUCCUCAUCGUCGCCAAAGAUACUGCAAUAUUCCGGGGCCUCCACAAGACCGGUUACCACGUGGUGGUAGACGAGGACCAUAGAGCGGGGACGCUGCGGGCGCUCCAUGUGUUCGGGCGCGCGCUGCAGCACAUGAUAUGGCCGACUGGACCCGGAGCCAGGCUUUGAUGAGGUUUUGAAAGAGGUCACUAUUUCAUUGCAUUAUUUUGGUAGAUUCGGAGCGAGAUUUGUACGAGUUAAGAGUUUGGAAACUACUGUUCUACUCCUCCUCCCCCCCCCCAAAAAAAAACAAAAUUUCUUAAAAUUUAAGAAAAUUUGUUUUUUCAUUACACUGUCCUUCUACAAUUGGUUAGUGUGAAAAAUGGUACUCAUAAAUCUAUGCUUAAUUUAGAAAGCUGGGAUGGGAUCUUACAAAGAUAAUAUUUUCUUCAUAGGUAAAUACAAGGUGGAACAAAAAUAUUGUGGAGCCAUUUAACCAUUUGAACGCAUCAGCGAAAACGUCACUAUAUAUGCCAAGUAAGGUUACGGGCGAAAGCGAGCUAAUGUAUUUCAAAGUGUGAAGGUUACGUUGUCCACGGCGCUGUGGGUACGACUAUAAAUCUGUAUCUUUAGGUAUUUAAAUAGAGGUAAACAAACAAUUUGUACAUUUUCGGGCAGUCAUAACAUUUAUUGGUAACCAACUAAAUACAAGACCGCCUGGAUCUGUCACUGGACGAUUUUAACCUACAUUAUUUGAUCAUGUAAUAUUUUGUAAUGUUUUCAUCUACCCUCGACUGGCUUAAGGAACCAUUUGAGGGUAGAUUUUGAUUACUUUUAUUUAAAUACCUAAAGAUACAGAGUAUAGUUACGACGCCUUUAUGUGUUCUUGGCGUUCAAAAGGUUAAGUGCAUAUUGUUCUACUUUUUUCUAAUCAGAAAAUGAUACCGAAUAUCUUAAACGGAUCCCCACUAUUUUUGUUACACCCUGUAUAGUCAGUAAAAUAGAGUGUAAAUAAAAUAUAUCAGAAUUAUAACAAACUGAAUUAUAUUAAAUUACAAUCACAUAACAUGAGCUACUUACAGCGUACACUGACGAAUUUAAACCGUCGUGAAACAAUCUAACACUUAAGCUUAAGUAUUGGUUUGGACUCAACUAUCUCCUUGGAGUCCUCUGCUUUAUGAGUCAACUCAAUUUGUCAGACUCUAGUCAUUAAGUCGAAACUUGAGUCCUUAUCAAGACCUAAAUCUUUUGUAAAGACUUGAGCCCUUUGAAGAGAACUCUCAAAUUACGUACAAAAGUUUUCUAAAAGACAUUGUCUCCACAUUAAAUUCAUUGGUUAUGUUAUGCACAAAUCAUUAAAAAAUUACAAUUUUCCUUUGUAGAUAAAACCUGUACAAGACGAAGCCUAUUCGAAAACUCGAGUCGAGUCGUUUUAAGUUGCAUUUAAAAAGCUCAAUAAAGGACUCGACUCGAGAGUUCGAGACUGAAGUUUUUAAAUCGCAGCGUCGUUUAAAUCGUGGAGUUCUUCAAAUUUCGAUUUCAAAGACUCCAGUUCUUACCAAGUCUAGUUUAACUCACGUAUUUUAGUCACUCGCGCGACAUGUUCCGAAAAGCCAAGGUCACUAGAGCCUUCUUCAAGCUCUAACAGUGCGAGUUAGCGUUCACGAUGGCCGCGAGUACGUGAGUUAAACCGUAUAAUUAGCUUACACUAGGGAAUAUGCAGAUCACAGUUUUACACAUGUUAAAUAAUAGCUCGACUGAAAAACUGCCCCUCGUAUAUGUAUAGAAGCAAUGUUAUUAUAAACUGAAAUAGAUGUCAUAGACUAUAGAAAAAGUGACCAAAUUCUCCGGCGGCCGAGGCUGGAAUCAAACCGGCAUCUUCGGCUUACGUGGCUAACACCCUGACCACUAGGCCACCCGCCACCCGGUUACCAAGUGUUUAAAUUUGUUAUAUACACUGUGGGCCCAUAUAACCCGACAGAUUUUAAAGGUGUAUUCUUGACCGCAUUUAGAGACUAAAAUGUCAUACAAAGUUUUCUGAAAUUGGUCUUGUUUUAGAGAUAAUGACAAUUCUUGUGAAAAUGUGUUUCUGUAAUAACUCAGUGAAAACCGCCUUCUUGACUGCGACGCUGGCACUAUGUGACUUAUUGGUUUAGACAUAACUAUACUGACAGACAUUAAAGUUCUAAAAGAAACUCGCAAAAUUUAUCUGUAAAUAAAAAAACUACUUAUUC